CAGUCCCUGGACUUCAUCAACAUCAUGACCUACGACUUCCACGGCGCCUGGGACCAGGCCGUCAACUUCCACACGCCCUGGAAGGACCCGCUGGUGUGUGGUGUGUGUAUGUGUUUGUGUCCAUGUGCGGGCAUGUGCCCACGCCUGCGCUGUGCUGUCGUAGUUUUCGCUAUCAACCUGGGCAUUGGCGCCUACGGCCGCUCCUGGACGCUGGCCGACCGCACCAAGUCCACGCUGGGCUCGGCGGCCUGGUCGCCGGGGUCUGCUGGCGCCUGCACCGGCGAGGCCGGCUACAUGAGCUGGCAGGAAAUCAAGCAGCUGAUUGCCCAGGGCGCCAAGGGCGCCAUGGCCGCCUACAUGGUCAGCGGGUCCACCUGGGUGGCCUUCGACCUGCCCCAAACCAUCUACAUGAAGAUACUGGCGGCCCGCAAGCGCGGUCUGGGCGGCCUCAUGGUG